ACACCGACUCACGCAUCACGCUCCAGUCUAAAGUCUUAUUCUGAGCAAGUCGGAAGUCUGAUUCUGCAAGCGCCAAUUUUAAACGAUGGAUCGCUGGACAGGUAAAGUGGCCGUUGUUACGGGGGCGAGUUCCGGAAUUGGUGCCGCCAUUGCCAAGUCCCUGGCCAAAGCCGGCAUGGUCGUGGUUGGGCUGGCUCGUCGUGUUGAACGCGUGGAAGCGCUGAGGGAUGAUCUGAAGGACGAGGCUACCCGGAAGCGUCUGCACGCGGUCAAGUGCGAUGUUUCGAAGGAGGAGGACAUCCUGAAGGCAUUCAGCUGGGUUGAGGAGAAGUUUGGCGGGGUGGACGUGCUGGUCAACAAUGCCGGUAUUGCGAGGAAGACUUCCCUCGUCGCGCCCGGAAAUACCGCGAUGUUGCGAGAGGUGAUCGAUACCAACGUGAUGGGGCUGGUCAUGUGUACCCGCGAGGCGUUCCAGUCGAUGAAGAAGCGAUCGGUUGAUGGACACAUCGUGCACAUCAACAGCAUUGCCGGGCAUAACGUGCCAAACUUUCCGGGUCUGAAUAUCUACUCGGCGUCCAAGUUUGCCGUAACGGCACUUACGGAAACCAUGCGGCGGGAGUUUUCGGCCGAGGGGACAAAAAUUAAGGUUACGAGCAUUAGUCCUGGAGCGGUGGAUACGGAGAUUAUCACCGAUGAAAUGAAGGAACUUGGGAAAUUCCCAAUGCUGGAAUCGCAGGACAUUGCCGAUGCUGUGCUGUACGCCGUUGGCACGCCACCACGUGUGCAGGUGCACGAGCUGACCAUCAAGCCAGUUGGAGAGAGUUUUUAAAUAAGAGAAUAAAAAUCUUUGGAAACCAAAAGAUGAUUAUAGAGGAAAAUAUGAAUAAAAAUAAAAUUUAUCGCAUGUAGAUUCUACAUUUUACAAAUUGCUUA